GAACUUCCCGUCCAUCGGACAAUCCAUCGAUCAGCAUCACCAGGCCGCCAAACCCCACCACGCUCAGUUUCCGAACCGCCAAACCGCCAAAAUGCUGCCCCGCGCACUCCUCGCUCCCUUGCGCCAAACCCUCCUCGCCCGCCCCGCGCUCCCCACCCGCUGCCUGCACACCCACACCCACACCACCGCGCGAUCCACACCCCAACGACCCAGCAUAACGAGUCUCGUCGCGCGAUUCAAUGGCUUGCGGGUACAACCACUAUUGCAGACGCGCGGGAUGAAGGUGCGCAGCUCGGUGAAGAAACUGUGCGAUGGGUGUAAGAGCGUGAGGAGGAAGAAGGGCCGAUAUGUGUAUAUCAUCUGCAGCAAGAAUCCGAAGCAUAAGCAGAGGCAAGGAUGAGCGUGAGAAGUGAUGGAUGUUGAGAAGAUUGCUGAGUCGUGAGAUGGUGGAUGAGGGUUUGAAUCGAAGAGGAGGAUUUGUAUCAUAUGUAUACACACCGAAAGGCAUCGAAGGCGUUUGGGCACAGUCAAGUUGUAGGAAGAUCACCGCUACAACGUCACAUACCCAGCAUUUGCAAGAAUGGGGAACAACACAACUCGAGUU